CGGGCUUCAGGAACUAGUUUUAAAGACGGGUCUCCGGUAACUGAGUUCUUGAGCAUGCCCCCGGCAAAUAGGUCGGUGUUUGUCACCGUAGGCACGACAAAGUUUGAAGCUCUUGUAGAGCGUGUAGACUCACUCGAAUUGUUGCGAGCUCUUCGCGACAAAGGUUACACAAAAAUAAUUAUCCAGAAGGGUAACGGAAUUUAUUGUCCGAACGUCAUCGUCCCGAAGGGCCAAACCAAGGCUACUACGGAAGGCGUGGAAGUCGAGUACUUCGACUACUCUCCCUCCCUCGCCAGCUACAUCGCGUCAGCAGCGCUGGUAAUUAGCCAUGCAGGCUCCGGCUCCAUCUUCGAGACCCUGACAGCGAGGGUGCCCCUCAUUGUGGUUCCCAACCCGCUGCUGAUGGACAACCACCAAGUGGAGCUCGGGGAGCAGCUGGCAGAUAUGGGGCAUCUAGUGAGUGCGGCGCCGUGCGACCUGCUGGCCGCCGUACGGAGCUUUGACGCCAGUCGCCUGGUGCCGUACACCAAGGGCAGCACGGAGGACAUGGUUCGCGCCAUAGACCGACAAUUAGGGUUCGCGCCGUGAGGGACGGCGACGGCGACGGGAGGGGAAGCGGGGCCUUCCAAUGACAGAUGUAUGUAUGGAUCGGCAGGGGUGCGGAUGGAGCCGUUAGAGACCUUGGAGCCAGGACCUGGCAACCAACGUACAAAGUGAUGUGGAGGAGAAGCCUACUAAUAACACUCCUAACCCGAAACGGCCUGGAGGUUCACUUUUCGACUCAGUGGCUCUUCGGUUCUUACUGGACGACUUCCCGAGCAAUGGAUAGCAGCAGUCUCGGUUGUGUUUCGGAGCCCCUUGAGUCCCAAAGUGGAUCCAUGUUGACUUUGGCUUUACCAUGCGGGGUACGACUGGAUCGAGGACUGCACAGGAGGAGAGAGGGGAGAGAGAGAGAGAGAGAGAGAGAGAGACAGAGGGAUGCGGCCGGUUGAGACUGCAGUUCGUAUGGGUAGUCACGCAGCUCGCAAUGCAGGUGUCAAGGACUAUCCGUAUGUGCUCUCCGUCUGCCUCUACGACUCCGUUGGUUGAACGCGCUGCAGGGCGCGGAGGAGGGAGGGAAAGACGAACCACGAACGAGUGAGGAGGAAGGGGCGGUAAACCCUAGGUUAACUGAGUAUGAUUGCGUAGGAAUGUUUCCGCCUCCUAAGUUGCUGGAGGGACACCUAUGAAGGUCAACUGUCAGUCUUGCCCCGCUUUGGGGGGGACAUAGCAUCGUCGAGUGAUGGCAGCUUCCAGGUUUAGACGCACAUCCACCCAUCCUUUCCAUCCAUUGCACAGCCCAUGAUGCAGAGCGGAGCUCCCUAAAACAACGUUGUGUGGACCCUGACGCACAUACAUCUGAUUUCCCUACCC